AUGAACGGAUCUAUGGGUGCUGCAGGUGGACAAGUCGAAAACGAGCGUGCUGCGGAGGUGCCGGUAUCGACACUGGAGAUGAGGACAUUGAGUCCUGAAACCUUCCUGUACACAGAGGUAGCGCGGUCGCACCUCGGCGAGCGAGCCGGACGUGUUAUUGAGCUACUUCUGAACAAGGGGCGUCUGUCUGUCUCAGAGCUGGUUCACCUCGCGCCUGAGCUCGGCUCGAAAAGCGUGCGAACUGUGUUGGUUAGCUUGAUACAGUUGCGCUGCGUGCAAUAUCUCGAAGAGACGACCGUCUCGGGACGGAAGAUCACAUACUACUAUUUCAAUGAGGAUGGAUUUCAGCUGAUGCUUUAUGCGGGUGAUAUUGUGGCGGCCGUAGAGAGCCAGUUUGAGGCGGAUGAUGCGAAGGAGAUCGCCGCGCAGAUUGUGCAGAACGUGCUUGCACUAGGGUCUCUUACGACAAAGGACUACAUGCAGUCGUUGGCUUCCGAUGUUUCUGUGAAUGAUGUGGCGUCCAUGUUUGUGAAGCUGGUUGAACUAGGCUUUCUGGUCCCGCUUUCCAACGUGCACUACAUGCCACUGGCCGAUCUAUGGGAUGUGCUCUACAAGAAGGAAUACAAUGCUAUUCCAAAGAAUUCGACGUUGUCAGAUGCCAAGAAACGUGCAGAAACAAAGGCGAAGACGAAGGUUCAGUUCAAUACGUUGCUGAAGAAUGUCGAAAUGAGCAACGUACUAAUGACUGAUAUGCAGACUUCAAUGAGACGUGUCCAAGACAAUCUUCCUCUAACAUUUAACUUCGGCCGGUACAUGAAGCACCGGCGUUCUCGGCAGCUUGUACAGUUUGCACGUUCCCGUGUGGGGAGCGUACCAGCCAUGAUCUAUAAGGUGGCACUGAAGAUAACCGAACAAUGUGCCCGUGCGCUUUCAGAUCCGCUAUGUGAGACAGGCCUAAUGCAGGAACUUGAGGAGCAACUGGCUAUUCAGGAAGAUAUGGCGCUAGACGAUGAGAAGCUACCGGGCGUUACAUUCAAUGCGGUGGACAUAUCCAGAAACUUACCAAAUAACAUAGACCUACGUGGCACACUGACUUCUAUGCAAAGAAGAUCACAAGAACGUAGCACGCACCAAGGUCAAUCCCAUAAGCGGCUGAAGGCUGAAGAUGGGAUGGCUGUAGCAGUCAACCACCUUGCUACUGUAGAGGAGGAAGCCGAAGGAGAUGAAUUGCUCCAUGGCAGCGAUGAUGACAUGGAUAUGUUCUUUGACGAGGGUGACAGCGACCCUAAGUCUGUUUCACUGAUAAAUGGCCAUUUGAAAUUGCUUUCGACAGGCUCCGUACCAUUUUUGAUAGAGUCAAGGCCCGGUCUAUUCUACGUCCCUUAUUCAAAACUCAUGCCAAUAUUAAAAGAGGCCGUAUACGACGCAAUAAUAGCAUCCACUCUUGGUCCAUCUGCACAUAGAAUUUUACGUUGUGUGAGAGAUAACAGCUUGGUAUCUGAGAAGGUUAUCAACAAUACCGCUCUAAUGAGGGAGAAGGAUAUCAGGUCUGUUAUUGCCACCCUGGUGAAAUACAAUGCAGUUGACAUACUGGAGGUCCCACGUACAGCUGAUCGUGCUGCUUCGAGGGCCGUUUUCUUGUUCAAGAUCAAUGAAAAACAUGCAUACGAUUUCAUGAAGCAAAAUUUGGCUUGGAAUAUUGCCAACUCUAUUCACAAAACAGAAAUACUAAAGGAAGAGAACUUCACGUUAUUAUCCAAAGCCCAAAGAGAUGACGUGAAAGGAAGAGAAGCGGAGUUAUUACUUCCAAGCGAAUUAAAUCAAUUAAAGAUGGUCAAUGAGCGUGAGCUGAACGGCCAUGCAAGAAAAAUAAGACUACUAUCCAUGUGGGAAGUCUUCAAAAUGCUUUAG